ACUAUACCAAAAGGAUGGAAAGUCCUGAUAUGGAACAGAGGUGUUCACAUGGAUCCUGAAAACUACCCCAACCCAAAGGAAUUUGAUCCUUCCAGAUGGGAGAAUUUCAAAGCAAGAGUAGGACAAUUUCUUCCAUUUGGAUAUGGAAGUAGGUAUUGUCCAGGAAGUGAUUUGGCUAAACUUGAGAUCACUAUUUACCUUCAUCAUUUUCUUCUUAACUACAGGAUGGAGAGAAUUAAUCCAGAUUGUCCAAUUACCUACCUGCCAAUUGCAAGGCCUACAGAUAAUUUGUCUUGCAAGAAUUAUAAAAGUAACAUAAAUCAUGGGAUUGUUCUGUCUCUAUUCUUGUCAAUGCUCUUGGAGUUCUUCGCCUAAAAUCGUAGUUUUUGCUUUAUUUUGUCCUUUCUUCUUGAUUAAAAAAAAUAAG